AGGUGAGAAGUGGCUGGGGCUUGUUCGUUUGUCUCUCUGGCCCUUCAGUGUUCACCCCAGAUAUCUGGCUCCGGGUUCUUGCUAAGACCAGUUAGGAUCGGAGCACCCUCUUGGAUCGGACCUUUGGGGCACCAGUUCCCGAGAAAGCCGCAAAAGCCGCUUGCCUGUGCGGGAGCUGCAGGAGGCCGGACUGUCCACCCCACCUCCUGGGACUUUGCUUUGGACACCAGGCGGCGGGCGGGGUUGGCGGUGCCAGCUUUGGUGGCACGGACGAGAGGCAGGAGAGGGCCGGCCGGUCUAGAUACCCAACCCACGAUGAGAGAGCUUCGCAUCGUACCCGCCGGGCAGCUAACCUCAUUGGAUUCUCAGCAUCUGAAGAGGACCGCACAGCCAGUGCCCAGAGUCGUGCUGAGGCACACCACCAAGAUGACUCUAAGUGAGCGUUUUGCUCAACUGCGCAAGAACAAACAGCCACAGGCGAUGGCGGGCAGCGUCCGGGCCUCGAAGAGGCGGCAGCAGCAGCUGGCCAGUGCCAGAAACAGAAGACUGGCCCAGCAGAUGGAGAAGAGACCCUCUGUCCAGGCAGCGUUCAAUCCUCGGCAGAGCUUGGAGGGGCGCCUGGGUGAGAGGAGCAUCCAAGUCCGUUUAGGACGUCCCAUGGGUGCCUUUGCCAGGGGAGCGAAUGGAGGAAGAGGCGCAGGCAUCAUCCAGAGAGACGUGCCCCAAGGAGGAGGAGUGGGUGGGGGACCUGCCGCCAGGACCCUGCCCGGGGGCGGGAUGCCACCCCCAGGUCGGGCCGUGUUUUGUGGUGGAAGAGGGGCUUUUGGAGGCCGAGGCCGAGGCCGAGGACGUGGCCGUGGCCGUGGCCGCCGCCGAGGGAGAGGGAGAGGUGCCCUCCCUCGCCCGGUACUGACCAAGGAGCAGCUGGACGCCGAACUGGAUGCAUACAUGUCGGAAGGGAAAGCGGCCCUGGAUGCUGAAAUGGAUACCUACGACGACGUGGCAGAGGCGGCUCCUGAGACCUGUGGCUGAAGCCCGCCUCUGGGACUCUUGUUCAAGUCACCACA